UGUCAUUCUUUUUGUCAGUAUCUUAAUCAACAUUCUAAUAUUUUAGUAGUUACAAAAGAUUGUCUUGACAUUCUACGGUACGAUGGAAAUAGAGAAGACGGUGUCUAUACAGUCAGAACAGGGAAAAGUCAUCAGCUUAUUCAAGUAUAUUGCGACAUGACAACAGACGGAGGAGGUUGGACGGUGUUUCAGUACCGUUUUAAUGGAUCAGUGGAUUUUUACAGAAAUUUUUCUGAGUAUGAGGAAGGAUUUGGAAAUUUGAAAACUGAAUUUUGGCUGGGUUUGAGGUACAUUGAAGAGUUGGCUAGUAAAGGACGUACUGAUCUACGGAUCGAUUUAGAAGCACCAAAUGGAACAACAGGAUUUGAAACAUUCGAAAAUUUCUCCCUUUCCGCUGGACCGGCGUAUACCCUGCAUAUUGGAUCAACUAUAGCUUCUUCCGGAAGUUAGUAUUAUAUUUUAUUAUUAAUUUUCCAUUUUCAAUAGCAAUAUGAUUAGUAAUCAUAAUACAUUAUUUUCAUUUAAUAUAUCAAUAUAAUUAGUAACUACUUUUCAUUUCUAUGUUUCUAAAAUCAUGACAAGGUAAAAUUUUGAUAUUAUAUCUUGUUAUCUUGACAUAAGUCAUUUCUCAUCAACUUCUGUUUAGCAGUGUGUCACUUACGCUUAGGGAAAAUAUGUAUGUAUUUAAAGCAACAAGCAAAGGAUGACAAGGCAAGCUGAGUGCAGAGUAUGCCUUAAGUGUUCGAAACAGAUUUAAGCACCGAGAAAACAACAAAAUCGGGGCCAAUAAUUAACGUCAUCCUUUUUGGAUAGAAUACAUAAUUAUGCGAUAUUUAUUUAUUGUUACAUGUUAUAUGAAUUUGCAUAUUAAUAUUAAUCAGUGUAUCAGGUCGCAUCGGGUUCC